AUGGCUAUAGAUACAUCUAUAGAUCUACACCAUGAUCAUGGUGAUAGUGAUCAUGAUGACAACGAUGAUAUUGAUGGUGAAGAAGAUGAUAACAUUAAUAAUAAUAGUAUGAUUGGACCUGAUGAUUAUGAACCAGAAUCACCAACAAAAAAGGGUGCCACUUUGGAUCGAUAUGGAUUCGUUGCUACCGAUUCGAAUCAGUCGUCCUCAUCGACACCAUCAUUGAAUCAAGGUGGUGGAAUUGGAGAAAGACAAGACAUGAAUGAACAAGAGAGAACGAAAAAAGAAAAAGAAUGGAAUAAUAUAGUUAUACAUUGGAAUGAAUGGACCAGAGAUAAUGCAGAUCGAUUACUACACUUAACGUCAAAGGGAAUACCUAUGAAUGCAAGACCGAUCGUUUGGAGAAAAAUGUUGAAUAUGAAAUACUACAAAGACAUGUAUCCAAACAACUACUUUACCAAACUUUAUGGUCAAGGUGAAAAUGAACAUACCGAACAAAUAUUAUUAGAUAUUCCUCGUACCUAUCCAAAUCAUCAAAGAUUCUUUUCAAAAAGAGGCAAAAAAGAUUUACAAAAUGUAUUACAAGCAUACUCUUAUCAUAACAAAAAAGUAGGGUAUUGUCAAGGUAUGUCCUAUAUAGCAGGUGUGUUUGUUAUGUAUCUAUCGGUGGAAGAUGCAUUUUGGAUGCUUGUUGCAUUGUUGGAACGUGAGACUAUGGGUUACUACAUAUCAGGUAUGCCACAACUAAUAUCCGAUAGUAAACUAUUUGCAAAAGUAUUGGAAAUUGAAAAUUAUCAAUUAGGUAAUCAUUUGAAAAUCAAUGGAAUUGAUCCAUUAUUAUAUGUAACACCAUGGUGGAUGUGUUUCUUUACAACGUUACCUGAUUGGGGAAUGAUUUUACGUAUAUGGGAUUUAAUUAUGUUUGAUGGUAUUGCUGCAUUGUUUAGAAUAUCUCUGUCGAUUCUAGUGUCAUCUCAAUCGAUACUACUCAAGAAAAAGGGUGCAGAGGGAUUACUCCCAUUCCUUUUACGUCCUCCACUUGAAGAUAUCGGUGGUAUUGAUAGUAUACUAAUGUUGGCCACUUCCUAUUCCAUCAGAGAUCAAAUGAAACAUGCUGAAAAAUUAUUUGAAAAAGAAAAAGAGUUACAACAACAACCAUUAUCAGCAAGUAAAAAGAAAAGAGAUGCAAGUGAAAUUAAGUCUGAAACUUCAUCUUCCUCAUCUUCAACAUCACUAUUUGAGAAAAUUAUUUAUACACUUGGAUUGGAUGAUGGAUCAUUGAAUCAAUAUCAACAACAACAUCAAAACCAACACCAAAACAAUCAUAAAAAGAUUAAAAAUGAUAACAAUGAACAAUAUAAUCCAAUUCCAUCUACUCCAACUAGAUCCCAUCCAUUGGAUUCACAUAUGCCAUCCAACUCUACUUCAUUUGAUGAUAAUUUAAUUAAAAUUACUCCUAUCAAAGCAAAUAUUAAUAAUAAUAUUGAUAAUCCCAAUAAUCCCAAUGUACAAAUAUCAACCUCAACUACCUCUACCUCUACAACAACUACAAAUAAUACAACUACAACUGCUACAACAACCGCUACUAAUUCAUCAAUCACAAAUAGAGUAAAAGAUUUCUCAAUGAAAUUAAAGAAUCGAUUCUUUAUGGUACCAACUAAAGGGUAUCAACCAUGUCGUGUUAUUCACGAGACACAAAGAACAACGACGGCGAGAAAGUCGAUUGCCAGACAAUCAAUUGCAGGCGGUGGUCGGAAAUCAAUUAGACCUCCUGUCAACCAUUCAACAUUUUCGAAUCCCGAUGGAACUUUAGAGACGUCCACAUCCACAGUCCCAUCAACUCCAUCUAAUACUCACCAUCGUAGUGGUGCAGGUGCAACACCUAGAAUGUCAACAUCUGCACGUAAACUAACUAUUGGAAGACAAUCUAUUCGUUCUGGAAAUGGUAAUGGUAGACCCUCCAUCCUCCCGGGUCAAGGUCAAGGUACCAACAGUACUAGAAAGUCAAUUGCCCAUAAAAAAAUGGUUAUUACUCUACCACAGCAGGGGUCUAAACCCAACAAGAAUGGUAAUACCAACAAGACAUCAACAUCAUUAUCAACUACCAGUAGUAACAAAAGUGUUGAUAAUGAAAAUGGUGACAAUCAAUUUGAAAUGAAGGAAAUGACUUCUACUACUAGACCUACUGGUAUAAUGACUGAUCAAUCACCGUCAACGUCAACAAUUACCAUUUCAAAGACACCAAUUAGAAAACAACAACAACAACAAAUGAAAACACCAAAAUCUAAAAGUCCAUUCACAAUGAAAAAGAUGAUUGAUGAUGAUCAUGGUCAAGAUCAAGAUCAAGAUACUGUAUCACCAUUUAAACCAAAGGUAGCCGCAGUAGUUGCUCCAUCUACAUCUCCAUUACAACACAGUUCAUCACCCAUUUCCAUUCCAGUUUCCAACAACCUAAACAACUCUUUGUAUUCGUCAUCUACAUCAUCGUCACUUUAUAAAUCAACGUCAUCGCAUUUUAACCAACAUGGUGUAAUAAGCAAACCAGCUACAUCAUCAGCGUCAUCACCACAAUCAUUUAAAAUGAUUAAUCCACCUCCACCAUCAUCAACUCCAUUGUUAAAGAUACUUACUCCACCUAGAUCACGUGGUAUUAGUAAGAGUGGAUGUGCGUCAAGUUUGACAUCUUCAUCUAAUCAAUCCAUGUCGAUGGAUAUUAGUAUGGCCGAUACUAGUAUCAAUACUGAUAUUGGGUCAAGUGGUGGAAUCAUGCCAAUGCAAAUGUCACCUAUAUUCAUUCCACUUGGUGACACAAAUAAUAACUAUCCAACAUUAAAUGUUAAUGUCAAUAGUCCAAUGACAACUAUAAAGAGAUCAGCAACUAAGGGAGGAGUAGGAAAUAGAAGACGUCCAACUAUUCUAAAUACUACUGCUGGUGGUUUGAAUAAUCGUCAACAACCACACCUACACUCCAACUUAUUUGAAUCACCAAUUAGAGUAUCAUCACCUAUGAAACUUGGUUCAUUUGAUAGUCCAAUAGGAAUAGCUAGUCCAAGUAGUCAGGAAAGAUUUGAAUUAUUGGGUAAUAAUCAAUCCACACCUACCACUGCUGCCAACAAUCAUUCGUUCAUGACUCCUCCAACCAACAACACUUUAAACAAGAAGAGAUCAAAUACCCAUAAUCCUUCCUCACCAUCACCAUUUAAAUCCAAUAACUCCAAUAAUAAUAAUGGUAAUAUUCUAACAAAUAAUCAAAAUAUUUUAAAUAAUAAUAAUAAUAAUAAUAAUAAUUGUACAUUAAAUUCAUCAUCAAAGGUUGGGAUGCAGAUGAAUCAACAAGCAUCUAAACCAAAACAACAACAACAACAACAAAAGCAAGAAGAAAAAGAAAAAGAAAAAGAUACAAGUUUAUUCUCUAAAAUUUGGUUUACUCCAAUGGGAAUCUAA